CUGGUAUGGACGCCGCUUCGAAGAAUACAAGCAGCGUGGGCGCUACGUCCGGUCGGGGCCGUGGCCGUGGCCGGCCCCAAGCCGUUGAAGUUAUCUCGGUGCCUGCCAAAGAUGUUGCCAGGAUCAUUGGCAGAGGGUGUGCUAGGAUCCAAAAUAUUCAAGAUUCCUCCGGAGCACGCAUACGCGUCGAGACCAAGAUCGAGCUACGGGGUUCUGAAGAGGCGCGUCGGAAGGCCCGUGAGCUAAUCGACGCGAUCAUCCAUCCGCCGGAAGAACCAGCAUGCUCCAGCAAAAGCGAAGAACCGCCGCCUUUGCUCGACUGGGACAAGCUGCUUGCCAAGAGCGACGAAGCGGCGAAGAAGCGCUGGGCUUCUCUCGCACCGAUAAAUAAAAAUCUUUACGUUGAAGAUCAUCAAGUUGCGUCAGUGUCUGCAGAGGAGGCGGCGGCCUUCCGGGCAGCCAACAACAAUAUAGUUGUCAAGUACUUGGGCCCAGAACAACAGCCGCCACUAGACGUAGCAACUAACCCCGUGGCAACGUUCGAGCAGGCGUUUUCAAGCUAUCCGGAAAUCUUGGACGAAAUCAAGAAAAACAAGUUCGCAAAGCCGUCUCCAAUACAGAGCCAGGCCUGGCCAAUCCUGCUUCAAGGUCAAGACCUCAUUGGAAUCGCACAGACAGGUACAGGGAAGACUCUGGCAUUCCUGCUACCAGCCUUGAUUCACAUCGACAGGCAGCCUGUUCCGAGGGAGGAGAGGAAAGGUCCUUCGUGUCUGAUUCUCGCUCCGACGCACGAGCUUGCCCAGCAGAUUGAGCGGGAAGCAAAGAAAUACCACUACCGAGGGAUAAAGUGCGUUUGCGUCUACGGCGGUGGCAGUCGGCGAGAGCAGAUACAGACCGUCAACCUUGGCGUGGAGAUCGUCAUCGCCACGCCCGGCCGCCUCAACGACCUCGUCAUGAACAAGGUCAUCGACCUUAACUUUGUCACUUUCUUGGUCCUGGACGAGGCGGACCGCAUGCUGGACAUGGGCUUUGAGAUCCAGAUCCGGAAGGUGAUGCUGGACAUAAGGCCUGACCGGCAGACGGUCAUGACAAGUGCCACCUGGCCAGAGGGUGUGCGUCGCCUUUCCCAGCGGUACAUGACAAACCCAUUCCAGGUGUUUGUCGGCUCCUUGGACCUCGCUGCAGUGCACACAGUGAGCCAGACAAUCAUCCUCUGCGAGGAAGAGAAAAAGAAGGAGCAACUUAUGACUUUCUUCAAAUCCAUGCAGCCGGAAGACAAAGUGAUCGUCUUUGUCGACAGGAAGGCCAUGGUGGACCACCUGACAAGUGACUUUGUCCUGGCUGGCAUCAACUGCGAUUCCAUCCACGGAUCCAGAGAGCAGUGCGACCGUGAGCGAGCUCUCGAAGAUCUACGGGAUGGCAAAGUGCGCAUCUUGAUUGCUACCGACGUUGCCGCACGAGGGUUGGACAUAAAAGAUGUGACACACAUAUUCAACUAUGACUUCCCUCUCAACGUGGAAGAGUAUGUCCAUCGCGUGGGUCGCACGGGUCGAGCUGGGCGUACAGGCACAGCCAUCACGCUCAUAACUCGUGAAAACUGGAGGCAUGCUCACGAACUUAUCCGUAUCUUGGAGGAAGCCAGCCAAGAUGUGCCAACUGAGCUCUACAAUAUGGCUCACCGGUAUGAUGCUUGGAAGGAACGCCGUGGCCAAGGUGGUGGUUUUCGGCGGGGAGGAGGCGGUGGCGGCAAUCGCAAACGUUGAAGGAACAGUAUCUGUGAUAUGCUGUAUGACUGCUGGUAUGACUAUCGUUGUGUGGGAAUGUCAUCGAGCAACCGGGCAGACUCUUUCUUGUUAUGCUUUAUAUUGUUUUUUUUGCAAUGAAGUCCUUUUAUAACUAAUUGAGGAGCAAAUGAACCGGUGAUACACCCUGCAUGUUGCAUCUUUGCUUAGGCUGAGCACGUAGCCGAGAGAGCACUUUGCCCUCCACCUCUGGACAUGUUCAACAUAGCCUGCUGGCAUUUGCACUUCCAGGUGCCACUUUGCAUGUUCCUUGUGCUUUCUUAGUGCAUUCAG